AUGCUUCCCUCCCACCCACCUUCAUCGCCAGUCGCCAACAUCACUUCAAUCACUUCAAUUCUCCGCGCCGACCGCGAUUCUGCCAUCAUGGCGUCGCCUGAGCUGGCCAUUGCCAAGGCUGCGCUCUCCGCCUCCCUCUUCAAAGCCGACCCCAUUUCGCUCACCCGUCCCGAGGUCGACACCCUCUUCCCGCUACUCGACGCCACCAUAACCCAGUGCUCGCGAGCCAAUGUUCAGAGCUGCAAGAACUGGAUCAUGAACCACAUCGCAUCCUCAUCCGCGAGAUGCGUAAACCUCGCCAAGUACCUCGCUGCGCUUUCCAAGUGCUUCCCGACCGACACGAACACGCGCCCGAGCCUAAAGCGCAGGCGUCUACAUAUUCUCUAUAUUCUCAGCGACACGCUACACCACUCCUCACAGGCCAACAACCGCGUCUGCGCCGAGGCUUGGGCACGGCACCUGGUAACGCUCACGGCAGCCGCAGCUUCGUUUGUCAGGUGCCCAAAGCACAAGGCCAAACUUGAGGCGCUCGUCUCUCUGUGGUCUGGCAAGGAAUAUUUGCCUGCGCAAGUACUCUCGCAACUCCGCGAUGUCGUGUCCAAGAACGGAAUCAUCAACACCACCGCCACCGCCACGCAGCCCGACUCCGCGCCUGCGAUGUCGUCCCUCAAAGUGGCCAAGGACGCUCCCUACACGCUACCCUCCUUCCAUGGUGAUGCGUCUACGCCGUGGUACGAUCUCCCCGUGGGUACAUGGCUCCCGCACGUGACGCCAAAUUCAGCACGGCCCAUGCUGCCGGACCGCAUCCGCCCAAUUCAGCUGUCUGCUGGCAUCGCGGACGCACCCCUCAUCGACGCUGUCAAGCUCCUUCUCCGCCGUGCCGACCGUAUAUACGCUAGCAGCAGUAGAAACGAGGCGGACGCCGCCACCACCGACCAUGUCGAGACACCCUCCCAGGAGGAUAUCAAUGAGCUUGGGGAGCGCUUCGCUGCGGACCCGGCCACCGGGGUCGUGCUCCACGCGGAUACGUACUACGGCUGGUCGCGCCCUUUUUGUGAAAAGAUGAAGGCCCGGCAUAAGCAGAUGCCGCUCAGCGACUCCCGCGGCAGGUCAUACUCUCUCGCAGUCGCAGUCGCAGUCGCAGUCGCAGUCGAAGUCGCAGUCGCAGUCGAAGUCGAAGUCGAAGUCGAAGUCGAAGUCGAAGUCGAAGUCGAAGUCGAAACCGCAGUCGUACGCCAUCUCUGCGAAAUAGAACCCAAAGCCGAAGGAGCAGCCCCAACCAGCGCCCUGGACAGAACCCCCAGCGUCAUGACAAGAACGCGGCUUUCUCAUCAGACUUUGGAAGGCAGCCCCAGCAGCCGCUGCCACCGCGUCCAAUCCCACCUCCUCAAGCUGGCUUCUCGCUGCAGUGGCCUCUACCGCCGCCGCCGCCGCCGCCGCCGCUGGCACCAGUAG